UUAUACAUCCAUUCUCCACACAUAAUCGUUUCAAAUUAACAUUAUUCUUGUGGUUAACUAUUCAUUGUAGUCCUGAUGUUCUAAAAAUAUAUUUUAUUUAACAUUUGACACCUAGUCGAUAUUUUAACGGAGAAUGUUCCUUGCAGUCGUUUGUCGGCGGCGCGAAUAUCAGACGGAAAUUUUAUGAUGCAAAAUGAGACUGACAACUUGUAGUUURUCGUCUUUAAAUCCCGGAAAAGUACCAUUUCGCAUUUUGUUUUUCGGGACAGAUCACUUUGCCGUUACUCCGCUGCGAAAGCUUGUUGAAAAUUCCAGAACCACUGACAACAACAGAAUAAUAGAAAGUGUGGAUGUAGUAUGCCCUCCUGAGAGGCGAAGAGUUAUCAAUAAAAACUUUUUCGAUGAUUAUCAGCAUAUUAUAACUGUAAGAGAAUUUGCACAUGAUGAACAGCUACCAAUCCACUACUGGUAUGGAAAAAAAGGCAGGAAUGAUGAUAACAGUUUCAGUUUAAACAGUCAAUAUGAUGUUGGUGUUGUAGCAUCCUUUGGACAUUUGAUAACUAACAAUGUUCUUGAUUUAUGCUUACGUGGUUCUUUGAAUAUUCAUCCAUCACUUCUGCCUCAAUGGAGAGGAGCAGCACCCAUGUCRUAUGCAAUUCUACAAGGAGCUCAAGAAACAGGAGUUUCCAUAACUGAAGUGUCACGAAAUAAAUUUGAUCUUGGAAAAAUUCAUUUACAGAAGACAUUUAAGAUCCCUAAAGAUAUAAUGUUUGACGAUUUAUCAACAAGACUAGCAACCUUAGGUACAGAAAUGUUAUUUGAAUGUUUAUCAAAUUUGGAUGAAUCAAUAGAGCAAGCCUAUAAACAGUCUACUGACAACUCUUCAAAUGCACCAAAGAUUGUGAAAAAAAUGGGAUAUAUCAAAUGGAACGAACAUACAUGGUYGGACAUCUGGAGAAARUGGAGAGCAUUUUCAACUAGAGUCGGCCUUCAUGCACUAUGGAGAGGAAAGAAAGUCCGUCUGGUAACCAUGACAGCAGAUAAAAUUAAUGAUCCAACAGAAGACGAUUUGAACGCACCUCCAGGGCAGCCAAAGUAUGACAAGGAACGAUCKCUCCUUUUCAUCAAGUGCAAGGAUGACUGGGUUGCAUUUAAACAGCUUCAAGUAGAAUGUAAAUCGAUUAUCACCGCUAGAGACUUUUCUAAUUCAUAUUUAAAAUCACAAAAACACUCGGACAGCACUKUAUUUGAAAUCAUUAACGAAUAGUGUUCAAGUCAUGAGUGGGUGUGGCAACACGCGAUAAUGAAGUAACCACCAACGUGGACAUAUAUCAUGAACAUUGUAUAUAUWUUUUUUAUAUAUAGUUAAAUGUUUCUUGAAAAUUUAAGCAUUGGUGAAAUAAUGAGGUAAAGAAUUUUUUAAAUGUUAAUGUAUAGUAUUAUACAUAGUAAAAAUAUCUAGUCUCCGUAUUAAAUUCAAUCUAGGCGGUCGUAUAACGACGGAAAUAAAUCAGUAGCUGUUGGGU